AUGAAGUUGAAAGACAUAAACAACCAAGAUUUAAGCCUAACUAAGCGAAUUGAGUUACUUCAUCGCAAAAGAACUACCGAAGAGUUCUUAGAAUUCAUUCAAACUAGUCAAAAUAUCACCACAGAAAUUCUACCCCUCGUUGAACAAGCCCUAACCCAUUCAGAUACACAAAUCCAUCAAUAUGCCCUAGCUAUCCUUAUCAGAGCUAGAUAUGCCCUUCUUCCUCCUUCUCUCAUUGAAAAAGUCAUUCAAGCCAUAGAUACAGGAUCCUUAGCCAGUGUCUCUUUAGGUUCUCGUGUCUUAAUUGAAGUAGCUAAGAAGGUUAAGUUCAGUAGUAGUCUAGUCGAAAGGACAGUCAGUGCUAUCCAUCGCUUCUUCCAAAGACUUAAUUCAGGUCUUUCCUCCCAAGCUCAACCCAAUGAAACUAGAAGAGCAGUUCUUCUUUCCUCUGAACCAGUCGUUCUUCUCCUUCUACUGACUCAAAGUAAUCGAGAUGACUUAAUUCCUCAUUGUAUUCCUCUCCUUCAUACCUUAAGAGCCUUCUCUUUAUUCUUUAUGCAAGCCUCAGUAGCUGCUCCUGUCUUUUUAAUCAAUGAGAGUAUUAAGUUACAGUGUUUAACAACCCAAACACAGAUAUCUUCUUUAUUUAUGGCCCUUAGUAAAUCAGAAGUAGCUGAGAUACAAAAUCUAGCGCAAUUUGUUCCAGAACUUACUAUCUUUUUACUAGGUGCUUGUCCUGAUGAAGCCGUUGGUAUCAAAAAAGAUAUCUAUCAUCAACUAAGUUUACUUAAAUCAGAGAAGAAGAAAGUCUUUGCUGCUUAUUCUGAGGUUAUCUUAAAGGAAGGGAUUCUGUUACGACCUAAGAAUCCGGUUUUGAAAUUACUAGGGUUAACCUUAUCUACUGAGUUUUUGAUUGUUUUUAGAGAUACAACGCAUCGGCACUUAUCUUUAAGUCUAUGUCGGGAAGCAGCUAGACUUUUAGCUGAAUCUAAUGAUCAUACGCUUUGUAAGUUAUGUGCUAAUGUUUUAGUCCAGAUUAAUGAUACUAUUAUUGGUGAUAAUGUAAGUAUAGGUGAGAAAGGGUUCUUUAUUAGGAUGAAUUAUCUAUCUUUUUCAACGGCUUUUCGUAGAUAUGCAUCUUUAGGCGUAUCGGAAGAGACAAAAAGUGUUUUAAGAUCUAUAAUUAGGGGGAUGAAGAAUACGAUGCACUACUUUUCCUUGUUUCAGAGUGUACCUUCUAAUGCGAUAGUCUUUUCUUUGAAGUGUUUUACACCGAUGGAAGUAGAAGACUUAUCAAGAUCUUUAGGAGAAGCUUUUAUUAUGUUUGCCUCAGCUGGUUUUGAUCUGGAAAAACGAUCGGAUAUUAUCUUAGUUUGUGAGUUUCUUUUGAUUUUCUUUUAUCUUGAUGCUGGUUUAUUCCAACGGGUUUUAGUAGAUAACGUAUCUAUUCUUUUUAAACUGACUCGUGAGAACAAGAACAUGUUCUCUAUUUGGCGGCAGUUUUUAGCUUAUGCCGGGGUAGCUCGUAAGUUUGCAGCUGUUUUACUUGAUGAACUUCUCUUACGUGUUCAUGAGUAUAAGGAUCGGGAGUUUAUUACAGCUGGGUUUAGAGAGGUUUUUGCUUCCUUAGCAGUUCAUACGGCUGAGAUAGAGAGUGUUAUAGCUACUAAUUUACAAAGGAUAUUCAAUCGGUGUUUAACAACUGAAUUAAGACUUAUUUAUACGUUAGAGAUAGUAAGAGAUCUUUUCCGAGCGGCUAGUAGGGAGAAAUUAGAUGCUUUACAUAAGGAAAUGGCUUUAGGUUUACCUGGAUUCUUAUCUAAAAUUGAAGAGAUAGCUAGAAUUUAUCCAGAAAGAUCAGAAAGUGUUGAAUUAGCCUUAACUGUACCGGUUAAGAUAUCAGUUUUACUUCCUUUUCUAGGACAAUUAUCAGGACCAUUAGUCCGAGCUUUAAAAAUGCAAAACAAUCUAUCUAAUCUAGCGAUGGAAACCUUAGAAACUUGUGUAGAUAAUCUUUCGGCUGAGUUUUUAAUGGCUUAUCUUGGGGAUAGUUUAGAUGCUUUAUUUGCCGCCUUAGUAGAUUUAGUCCAUCGGGAUGAGAGUUCAGUCAUGGCUAUUAAACUACUGGGUAAGUUAGCUGGGAAAGCUUCGGGAGCACCAGCCCCCGAAGCCGGUAAGUUAACUACUUCAGCCUACUUAAGACUGAGAAUUACCGGUCGAACGGAUACUUUUACUCUGCCAGCUGAUAAUUUACUAUCUACAGCCGCUCAAGUCUUAACUAGUGAUUCUUUAAUGGCUAAGGAAGCUGCCGUUAGUUUAGCUACUCAUUUCUUUGCUACGUUCUUUGCCUGGUCAGAAGUAUCUGAAGAUACGUUAAGUGGCUGGCUAGUAGCUUUACAAAGAGUUCAUGUCUCUGAUUUUGAAGAUCUUCAUGCCGAAGCAGCUGCUAAUGAAGUUCUACCAUUACAACAAGUCUUACCAGAAGAACCGGAUGCCGAUAUGGAAAUACCUGCUAAACUAGCUGCUUCUCUCUUUAUCUGUGCCGCUGCCACAAGUCCCGAGUCCAAAGACCAGCGCAAUGACUGGGUUAGCAUGGGGUUGGUUAAUAGUUUAUCUACUACUAGCAACUUAUCUCAAUUAUCUCAAUUAUCUCAAUCUAAUAACGUAUCUAAUGGCGUAUCUACUACUAUCUCAUCUAACAACAACUUAUCUCAAUCUAACUUAUCUCAAUCUACUACUAUCUCACCUAACAACUUAUCUCAAUCUACCGUAUCUAACAACUUAUCUCAAUCUAACAACAACAACAACUUAUCCCAAUCUACCUUAUCUAACAACUUAUCUCAAUCUAACCCAUCUUUAUCUAACAACAACAACAAUCUAUCUAACAACCCACCCCUAUCUACCUUAUCUACUAACAACAACCUACCUCAUUGUAAUAUCAAUUUAAGCCAAUCUGAAUCAGCUACUGCUGCUCAUGAACUACUUGAUAGUAUCUAUACCUUUUUAGCCGUUGUAAAAGUCUUAGAACUAGUUAACUACGAAGCUUUCCAGCACAGAAUUCGUGGUGAUACUUCUGUUCUCAUUGAUGAACUUGUUUUAGCCUUUGGUAAUGAUACAACUGAACAUAUAGCCCAAUCUGUCCUAUCUAAAAUGUACGAAGUAGUCUACCGUCUUUGUGGUUCUAAAGAGAAAGCAUCCCAAAUGACUCUCUUCUAUAAUAUUCUUCAUGCUUUCUGUACUGCUUGUUAUGCCCAUUCUGAUCGUCAGAAAUUAGCUGGUUUAAGAGGUCUUGUUUUUAUGUCUACUUCUUUAGAGAUAGGUCGGACUUGGCUUCUUUUUCAAGAAGUCAGGAUUGUUAAUGCUUUAUUUGCUUCUUUACUAGCCCAUCGACAGAGUCCAGCUGAAUCUGUUCGUGAAACUAUCUAUCAUAUUAUCAGAACAGCCCAUGAUCCAGCUACUGAAGUAGAACCAGCUCAAACUGAACACUUUUCUCAACUCAUUCUUUGCUUUGCCCAGGAACUUAAUCAUCCCCAAGCCCGAGUUAGACAUAUUUGCCGGGAAAGUCUUAAUUACUGUGCUGAACUGUACGGUUCUGACGUCACUACUUUUCUGCAACCUUUUAAGGAUAAGUUACUAGCUCAAGUACUAAGUAAGCCAUUAAGAGCUUUAGCUACUGGUGUACAGAUAGGUAAUAUGGAUGUAAUGACUUUCUUAUUUGGUUUACGACCACCUUUAGUCGAAACAGAUGAACGAAUUGAACGAUUUAUUGGUGAAGCCUUUAGGAUUGUUGCUUCUCCUCAUUCUAGUUUAGAGUUACGAGUAGCAGCUGUUCGUCUUUUUGUAGCUGCAGCAAUUGCUCCUGAUUUUAACGGAUCUUCUCAUUUAGCUAAGAUAUCACAAGUUCUUAUCAAAGGUCUUUUCUCAAGGGAAGUUGAAGUAGUUGAUAUUUGCCGGGAUGGUUUAAGACAAAUGCACAUCCAAGGGAGAGAAACUCCUGCUGAUAUUUUACAGACUUGGCUUAUGCCGGUUAUUAAUGCUUUUAGUCAGAAGAAAGCUACUCCCCAGAUUAUUUUAGGUCUAGCUCAUUUACAAGCUUUAGAUGUUCCUAUCUUUAAACCCGGUUUAGCUACUAGUCUACUGGAUAUGUUAGCUGCGGGGGGAGAAGUAAGUACGCCGGAAUGUAUUGAUGCAGUUUUUGAAAUGUUAGCUCGUACUGAUCUUUCUGAUGAAGAUGAGUUUAUCAGUACAGCGGCUGAUCUUUAUGUUAAGUUGUUUAAAAACGGUCAAAGUCGUGAGAUUAGUCGGGGUUUCCGAGUCUUUGCUGAAACUAGACCUAGUACGGCGGUGGCUCUUUUCCGGAUGGCUUUAGAUGAUGAUACGGCUUAUUUUGUACUGGUUUUAGUCUUAGAGGCUAGUCAGGUAGUUAGAGAUAGUGCUUCUUUUAUCUUAUCUAGUAAAUCUUCUUGGCGGCAGUAUGUGGCCUUUAGUGCGGCGGGUGGUCAGCCGAGUCGAGUGGAAGUAGAGAGAGUUUUAGGUUUAUGGCAAGAUGGGAUAGGAGAUAGUAGUUUUGGCCGGGUAGUUAAGCAGUGGGCGACUAGUUCAGCGGCUGGUUUAGCUUUGUUUUAUGGAGCGGAAGAGGAAAGAUCAGCUCCUAUUAUUCCGGAGAGUAUGAGUAGUUUUAAGUCUAUCUUGUUUUUCAAAGAAUUAGUUCAAAAUGGAGAGAUCUUUUCCUUAUCAGUUAAUGUGCAAAAAAGAUUACUUAAAACAUUUUCAAAAACAUUACCUAAUAAGGAAAUUUUAUGUAGAUCUGGAUCUGGAAUUUGGAUUAAUUUAGUAGCUAGUAUUAUUAUUGAGGAAGAAGUUAAUCCUUCUUCUGAACUGCUUAGUUUCUUACGUCAGGCUUUAGCUACUCCAGAAAUGGAACCGGCUGAUGCAGUUAAAAUAACGGCUUAUCUUCUUACUCAUGAACCUGAUCCGGAUCCAGAUACGUUCCUCUUGCUUAUUACUGCACAUCCAGAGUAUACAGAAGCAGCUGUUCGAGGGAUAGUAGCUCUACUGGAAAAGAAAGGAGUUCUACCCUUUAUGCAGAGUAUUACGGCAGCCUUAGAGGAUGAAACCCUUUACAAAACCCAUCUUUACAUUCUGUUUCCUGUCUUUGCCCGGGCUCCUCUUCUCUUUGUCCAUUCUGGGAUAGAACCGGGUGUUUGUGGGGCUGCUCUGCAACUGUUUGCUUCUGGUAGUACUAAGACGGCUAUUCUUUUGUUGCGGGCAGUGAUUGCCUGGUAUAAAGCCGGGUCAGUUUCAUCUCCAGCCGUAUCUGCUUUAGCUUCGGCUUAUGUAUCUUUCUUUAUUCAUGCCCGAUCGAGUGAUUUACCGGUAGAAUCAAUUGAAUCUUUACCUUUUGACCCACAACGGAUUGAAAUAAGUCCAGAACUAGUCCAUCCACCGGCUGUGGCUUCUCUUUACAUGGCAGUAGCCCCAACAUCUCCAGGUUUAGCUGAAGCCCUAAGACCGGCCUUAAGAGCUUGUUUUACAGGGGAAGAUAGACUUCCAGAGAUGGAAAAGGUUCUACCUUACAUAUCUGCAGCUGAUCCUACUAUUCUAACUGAGUUAUUCAAAGGUCUUUCUGAGAAGUCAGCUCCACCUCGUGUGGUUGUCGCUGCCGCUGCUCUAAUAGGUACAGAAGCAGCAGUUGAGAAGGCUUUACUUGUUCUAGAGGAAGCUCUUAAAUCAGAGAAUGCUGAUGCCUUAGCUGAUAUUCUACCUCAGACUUUAAAACUAGCUAUCUCUAUUCCCAGUACUUUACCAUUACUAGCCCAAAUGUUAUCUAGACAUCCUAUUCUCUUCCGACAUCCAGAAACAGCCGAAUGUGUAGUAGCUGUAGUCCAAAGUACCUCAGUAACACCAGCUAUGAAGCAAACUUUACUACUAGCUAUGACAGCAGAAGAAGUACAAGAGAUAAGAUUAGGACUAGUCCAUUCAGUCUAUGCAGAAGCAGUUGGUCGAACAGAAGUAUCAAGUGGAUUUCAACCAUUAUUCGUACGCGGUUUAUCCUCUAGUUCAGAUAAGAUUAGAUCUGAUUUCUUUAGAUUAUUUGAUGAAGGAGUUUCAGGCCAUCCAGGUGAACGUUUACUUUAUCUUUGUGCUUUUGAAUGGGAAUUAUUCCCAGAAGGUCGUUGGGUACCUGCUUUUACCCGUAUGUUAUUAGCUCUAGCUCAAAUUCAAGGUCUAGCCGUUAGUCAGUUCUGGUCCCAGGACGGUUUACGCCUCAGUUCCCACUCCACUCCAGCUACUUCAGCUAUCUUAUCUAAUAACGCAAAUCUAUCUACUAAUACGAUAUCUAAUAACGUAAACCUAUCUAAUAACGUAAGCCAAUCUAGUAACAACUUAAGCCUAUCUAAUAACGUAAGUCUAUCUAAUAACGUAAGUCUAUCUACUAAUCUAUCUAGUAAUACGAUAUCUACUAAUAACCCAAGCCUAUCUACCAACCCAAAUCUAUCUAAUAACGUAACCAAAAACUUAUCUAAUCAAUUUACUAGUCGUAAUUCUACUGAAAUAACUCUUAUUCUUAGUCCUCUAGUUACUUUACUUCAAAAACAAACUAACUUAUCUAAACGUACUCUAAAAAGUGCUGUAGCUACUCUUCUUUAUACUUCUGAUUCUUCUUCUGCUCUUUUCUUACGCCAAAUCUUAUCUGCUAUUCUUCCCUUCCUUCCUGAUAAGACUAAAACAGCCGUACAUACUCGGGCUGAAAGUAUGCUUGUCCGUUUAGCUGCUGCUGGUACACCUAGACUUGCCUUAGCUGCUGAACCUAUUAUUCUUGGCUUACGUCUUCUCUGCCAGUCUAAACCAACUGAAUGCCAACUCUUCCAGGCCGCUAAAGCAACCGGUGCCUGGACUGCAGCCGCUGAUGUUCUUGAAGGCCGACCUGAAACUGCUUCUAUCUUCCAUGAACUAGAAGAAAGAGACCUUCUUCUGGCCCAAUUACGUGUCUCAGCCCUCUACCCCGAAACAGUUAAAGCUCUUCUCCUCCAACAACUAGGACAACUUCGUGCCGCCCAAACUGAAUACGAAGAGAUCCAAGCUAAAGCCCAAUCAGGUAUUCUUCUCUUUAAUGAAGAAGAGUACCGUAUCUGGGAAGAACAAUGGAUCGAUUGUGCCGCUCAUUUACAACAAUGGGAUCUCUUAUCUGAGAUAGGUCUAGCUACAAAAAACAAAAGUCUAACGGCCAAAGCCAAAUGGUUUACUACUGAUUUCUCUAUUGAGUCCGAUAAAUUAGCUUUCCGUUCUGCCUUAGAUGAUUUACCUACCCCAGAACGUACUUUCUAUGAACUCUUUGUCGUCACUGAAAAGACUAAAGAGACAGAAGAACAUCUCUACCAUAUUGUUACAGCUACUUUAGAUGAAAUAUCAAGAUUUCCUCCUCUUUCCCCGCGGCAGUUAUCAGCCGUACGUAAGUUCCAGUUAGUCGUUGAGAUGAACGAGUCUUGGCAACUUAAUGAAUCAGAAGAUUUACGCCGGGACUUAACAGGUAUUCUACUAGUCUGGAAAGAAAGAGUUCCUUUGGGUUGGGCACCUUUAUCCGCUUGGGCUUCACUAGUCCGUUGGCGUACUCAUGUCUUUGCUUCUUUAGGUAAUGCCCGGGCUAAAGAGAAGUCUUUGCAGUACAGAGGAUACCAUGAAACUGCUCAUAUUCUUAAUCUCUUCUCCCGGGCUCUACGUAAACGUUCCGCCUAUCCAGCUGCUCUUACUAACCUAGAAAGUAUCUAUACUCUGCCUAAUAUUGAGAUCUCAGAUGCCUACAUGAAGUUAGAAGAACAUGCUAAGUGUUAUAUGGCUAUGGAUGAAGCAGCCGCUGGAAUAGAUUUACUAGGUAUGACUAACUUAAACUACUUCUCAGCUGCCCAGAAGAGUGGAGUCUUCUUAUUACGUGGCCAACUCCUGGAGAAGCGUGGGAGUACUGAAGAUGCCGCUAAAGUCUAUGCCCAGGCGGCCCAAGUCCAUCCGGCUAAUGCUAAAGUCUGGUACAGAUGGGGUGUUCUUUCUCAGGAGACGAACAAAACCAAUGCAGUUAAUGCCUUUAUGCAAGCAGCAGCUAUUUCUCCAGGUCCUAUUGCCCGUAAAGCUCUUAUCUCAGUAGUUGCCCUUAUGGAUGGUGGAGCAGCACCGGAAACAGAGAAAGUCUUUGAAAAUGCUGUCGGGGAAGUAGAUGUUUGGUGUUUUGUUCCUUUUGUACUACAGAUGGUAGCUGUUUUAUCUCGAACUGGCUCUUUAAUGGCCGUUUCAGCCCUUUCUCGGGUAGCUAAAGCUUAUCCUCAGGCUGUUUACUUCCCAGUCCGUAAUGCCCUGGAAGAUGAACGGAAAAGAGGGAUAGGCGAAGGACCAAUUGCUGAUUUAUGGACGUUUUUAAAGACAGGGUUUACUUUAAUGUGUAUUAAUAUUGAAGGGAUAGUUGAAUGUUUAGCCUUAAGACUAAGAUCUUCAGCUGAAGAAGAGUUUUACCGGUUGAUUUGUGCUUUGCUUUCGGAAGCCUUACAACAACUAUUUGGCAAGGAAGAUACCGAAGAAGGAUCCUUAUCUUUAGCUUUGAAAAAGAUAUCAGAAAUGAUAGGAAUGUCAUCAUUAGCCAGUAAGUAUAAGCGAAGUUUUGAUACAGAUUUUGCCGCAGCCUUAUCUCGACAGGGUACCAAUAUUGACAAGGGUAAUAUUAGCAGUAGUACUAAUAAUAAUCGCAUUCCUCUUUGGGAGAUUGCUCAGAUUCUCUUGCGGUGGCAGGGGGCUUUAGAAAGGGUUUUAGGAGCUAUGCCACGACGGAUUAGUUUAGAGACGAUUUCACGACGAAUGAUAGAUUUUGAUCAAAGAGCUGAAGAUAUAGAAAUGUUUGGCCAGUAUAUUGAUGUAACUGAUCGGGCUAGGACUAUGGCUAAAAUAUCUAGAUUUGAACCGGAGAUUAAGAUAGAGAGAAGAGCAGGAAUAAGUUUACGACGACUAGGAAUUAGAGUAGCUUCGGGUGAAAUUUACCGGAUAGCCUUACAGAUGCCGUCAGGGAAGAGUGUUAGACGAGAAGAAAGAUUUAUUCAGGCCUUAGCUCUAGUAAAUGCUAGUUUAGAAAGGUCAGUAGAAGUACGUAGUAGAGGAGGUCGAGCAGCUUUACGUAAGAUUAUCUCUUUAAACCAUCAGACAAGAGUAAUUCUGGAAGAGGAAAGAUCCGUAUCUUUAGCUGAGGUUUUAGAUGGGGCAAUGGGUUCAGGUCGAGUGCAGGAGUUCUUAUUUGAGUGUCGGAUGAGUAUUGGACAGGGUGGUGUAAUAUCUGAAAGUGAUCCUUUAGAUGCUGAAUCUCGAUUACGUAUGUUUGUUAAUAGUGCUGGAAUGAUUGGUGAUAAUUUAUUAGGAGAUGCCUUUAUGAAUGGGUUUGAGUCAGCGAGUGACUUCUUUUACUUCCGGAAACGGUUUGGGAUUUCACAUGGCGUACAUUGUUUAGUUGCUUAUCUAUUUGGGAUUGGAGCGCGUAUGCCGGCUCGGAUGCAUAUUGGUUGUGCGACGGGGGCGGUGAUGUCGGGGGACUUUUAUCCGUCUUUUUCGGAGAAGGCGGCUUUAGAGGAAGUUCCAUUUAGGUUGACGCCUAAUUUACAACGGUUGAUAGGUCGGGCUGGUUUGGAAGGUCCAUUUUUAUCAACAAUGUAUCAUUGUGCGGUGUUGUUAUCUAAAAAGGAGUAUUUAAUGAAGUAUAUGGAUGCCUUGGCUCGGGAGGAGGUAGGAGCUGAUCUAGCAGUACGGGCGAUGCGAAUUGCUAGGGGUAAGCUUAAGGAGUUAACUACGCCUGAGAAUGUUCCAGCUAAAGGUAUUAUUCGGCUGGUAGGUAAUGCUACUGCUCCGGAGCGGUUAUCAAUGAUGGAUCCACAAUGGCAUCCCUGGCUCUAA